CUUGGCAGUAAGAGGGCGGGCUCCUGCGCAAAGAGGAGGCUGGAGCUGGGGAGGGGGAAGUAGAGGUAUCCGGGAAAAGUGAAAGAGUAAAAACAGAAGGGUUGAAAGUAAGAGGAGCGAGGGGGUUAGCGAGUGAAAGGGGACUAAAAGAGAAGUCAGUGCGUUGUCUAAAAGGAAGCUUAAAAUAGAGUUAGGGGCCGCACUUUAAGUCAAAAGUUUAGGAGGUGUGUUCAUAAUAAAUGGUUAGUGCGGAUUAACUGUUUAUAUGUAUAAUCGAAACAGCUGCCACCUACAGUGUUUAAGAAUCUAGGAAUAAAACAAAGCAUCCUAAUGCGCUGAUGGUUGCACUGUCUGGCGAUUUAUAUGCUUUAAAAGUGAAAGUUAAGGUUGGAGAUCGUCCGUAAAAGCAGCCAUUGGGAAAUUUGAGGGAAAAGUGAGACUUAAGUUACUGUAGAAAAGAGAAUUACAGUUUAUUAAAACCAGUUAAGUGUUUAAUUGCGAUGCUGAAACAAUAAAAGUGGGUAGAUCGCCUUAAGAUAACAGGGAGACUGAUUUUAGUAAGUGGCAAGGGCUCUCCAGACGUCUGAAUCUGGUGCACCCCAGAUCUUAUCGCCUCAUGCAGCAUAGGAUGGAGAAAUCCAGUAACUUCAGAAUCGAUGCACUUUUAGCUGAUGAAGCACCCAGACCGGCUCAGAGCGGAUCUCCGCAGGGACUGAGCCCUGGUAGUUCAGCAGGUGGAAGCCCACCAGGGUCACGGCUCCGUGGCGAAACCCCAUCUCCACCGCGGGGGCCCACCAUGCUCCAGUUGGCUGCAGCAAUAGUACCCAAGCCUGGUUUAUUGAACUUGCAACCACAUCCAGGACUUAUUCCCCUAACACAGGGAACUAUGCCGGCCAUGUACCCAGGAGCGGCACCCAUCUACCCUAUCCCAGGUCUGGGGGCUGCCCAGCAUCAUGCCUUUCCGUAUAGCGCUUUCUCUCAUCUGCCGCAACCCACUCCGGAGCAUCUGAAGGCAUUUCCAUUGGAGCACUGGAUCCGAGCCGGAAUCAUGAUCCCACGCCUGCCCGACUACAACUCCCCUCCUCCAUCAGGCUUGAUGGGAAAGUGUCGCAGACCACGAACUGCCUUCACCAGUCAACAACUUCUAGAACUAGAGAACCAAUUCAAGCUGAAUAAGUACCUCUCCAGACCCAAGAGAUUUGAAGUGGCCACCUCGCUCAUGCUGACAGAAACACAGGUGAAGAUAUGGUUCCAAAACCGAAGAAUGAAAUGGAAGAGAAGCCGCAAGGCAAAGGAACAAGCAACACAGGCAGAAACUGAAAGGCAGAAGGCUCCUCGGGCUACAGACAAGUUGGUCAGUGAGAGUUCAGCAGAGGAUGCUCCUGAUUUCAACAGCAGCCAGAACCAUCGACAUCCUCAUCGUCCUGUUCAUCACCAUGCCACAGACUACCUUGAACAUAGAGCAGAUCUCAGCUACAGUCCACACAGCUCAGAGGAUGAACUCUGCCCUACAGACCAAGAACUUGGCAUGGGCUUAUGAAAUAACCAGUCAGACUUCUAUUUUUUUAAACUUGUUGUAAACAAUUUACUUUUCCAUUUGCAAGGUUACUGGAAUUCCAUUUGUUUAGUAGGCUUCAGUAAUCAUGCCCAGACUGGUCUACUGCACAGAUAUGGUGCAAAUGAAAUACAAAGAAUAACUAUGAACAAAUAGCCUUUAUUGACCUUUUUCCCCCAGGCAGGAUGUUCACCCACUUAAGCACUAUAAACCAGUAUGGCCUUGCUAACCUACAUCUUCUGCAGAGCCUUUCAUACUGUGGAACAACAUUGAUCUGUCUGUUCAGAAGGAAAAAAGAAACAAUGUAAAUAUGGACAAAAUAAUGCCAAGAAAUGUCCACAGCUUUUGUCCUUCAAAACUGAUUAGUAAGAAUGUGAUUUUAAUUUAUUUGCAUUUUAAUUGUAUUUAAAUUUAAUUAUAGUUUGUGUGUAAAAAUAUUGGUAAAAAGAUACCUCCUGGAUGUUUGUAAAUUCUUUGAGCAAACCACUGAAGUUUAACCAAAAAUCUUGUGAUAUAGAUGGGGAAAGAAAGAAAGAAGUAAGGAAUAAUUGUAGAGGGACACUGUAUUCCCAUUUAUAAAGCCUUUUGGGUGCACACUGUAGCCUUUCCUGAGCCUAAUUAAUUCUGCAGUUUGGUGAGUACAAGUAAAAACUAAAGUAAGUUGUUCAAGGACAUAAUGAGCCAAGUGGCAUGAAUGAUAGUUGAACCCUAGGUUCAAUGGAAGUGGCUUACACAGUGUGUUCUGCAGUACUGCAAGGCUGAUCACAUGUCCUGAUGGAAAGUGAGUUGUUCCAAGUCUUGUAAACGUAAAGAGUGACAUGUCAUUUGCCAGAACAAAACCACAGGUCUCCAAACUAUUUGCUGAUUGGCACGAACCAUUCAUGCUGCACGUUUACUGUACAGAUUGUUUCUCUUCUAUAGCUUUAAAUCUGCUAUGUACUUAUUUGCUCAUUCCCAUUCUGUUUGUGUUGCUGUGCUGAUGGGUAGUAUUUUGCAAAUAAAAAAAUGGAAGAUUUUUUGAGAGGGGGAAUAAACAGAUGAGAUUUUCCGAAGUCCCUUGAUACCAAGCUAAGUGACUGCUGAAGAGUACACAGUUUCUGCUCAUGGACAGACCGUUCAGAGUCUAACUGUCAUGGAACAGCAGAAAGAAAUGUGAGCUUAACACUAAUACAAGAGAAACAAUGUCAAUUUGUCCCAGAUUUCUCUCUCCAUAUUACUAAUACAUGGCACUUCCGUCAGCACCUACCCUGAGUCCGAGAGAUACCAGUAUUUCUAUGAAUAUUGUGCACUUAUUGUAUUCUACUCAGACAUAAAUUUUAGUACUGCUCUCUACUUCUGUCUGUGCAGGACAGUUUGGUCUGGUAGGAUUGUUCCUUCUCUUGACUCCUGCUCUUCUGUCUUCCAAGGAUGAUAACCAUGUGAGAGUAAAUUCUCUCUCAUCAGAUGGCUUCAGUUCCAGAUAACCAGUGUAAUAUCUAAUCCCUUAUACCAGGUGGAAAGACUGCUGCACUGAAUAAAACCUAGGUGACUUGCUUAACCAUCCAUUCAAAUUCAUAACCAGGCAAAAGUCAGCAUUUGAGUCUCUGACUAUUUUUCAUAGGCCAGUUUUGGAGACGAAGAUGUUGAAUGUUACAGUGAUAGACAUGUAUUUGGUUCUGGUUAAAAUAUGUAAUAAGGAUGCCCUGAACUAACAGCCAGUAAGCUAGAUAUCACUGCAUUCACGUUUCAAUAAUUUCUUAGCCUGCAGCAAAUGUUUUCCAUCAUUUUUAUAGAAAUUAUCAUAUUUCUGACAUACGUAUCUCUGUCCUCAAUGCACUUCUCAUAUCCUCAUCUGUUGUUAGAAAACUGCUUCCUCACUUGUUUAACAAUAAAUGAUUUGAGUCAACAACAAUGAAAAGUCAAAUGAAGUGUUUUAAAACACUCCCUGUGCAUGUUACUUUUUGACUGUAUGAUAAUCACCCCCAUUUCUUGGGUAGCAGCAGGCUGUGUGAUACAAAUGCAUCCUUGUAUGUUGCUGGUUCUGUGUAUGAAUGACCAGGGAUAAUGAGGCUUACAGGCUUUUUUUGGUAUGUUGAUA